AUGCGUCAAUCGACUAAUUCAUCUCAAGAACAAAACGAAAAAGCAAUGUCAGCUAAUUCGAUGUUUCUCAUUGCUUUAUUGUCAUACACAUUGAUAAACCAAUUAGGCAUAAACAAAUCUGUUUGUGUACAUUUGAUACAUAAUUCGACGGGACAGCCUCCAUACUGGCGUAUAUAUGAAGACGUCAACUACUCUGGUAAGGACACUGCUAUUGGACAUGGUGCCUGCAUUGAUGACUUCACGAAAUCCGGAUCAAAUGGGACUUAUAAGAAUAAUGGAACGGUUUAAUAUAUCAAUGAAUCGAAACGUGGAAGGAAAUAUUGUCGAUACUAAUCGAAGAAUUUCAUGUGCUUAUAAUUGUUGUGUGCUCUUAACUAAAUAUAUUCAUAUGAACUCAUGAAA